AUGUCCAGCGAAUUCUCGACGUGUCAGGUCGAUGAAUUUUUCAAAUCUUAUCUCCCAGACCACAGGAUGCACUUCGACGCUGUUAUUGCAGACCUGAAGAAACAAAAGACUCUCGUCGAUCGUAGCCCGUCCCAGCAAAAGCGCAGUCGUUCUUCGUCAUCGAAGAAUAGGCCCGCAUUUUCCCAUGUCUUUAAGACGCUCAACAACUUGUUCCAAACUGGGUCUGCAGCACCCAAUCGAGUUCUAAAGUCCUUUCAGACCGUCGGGAACGCGGUUCGCAAAGCCCUGGGGAAGGCCAAAGCGCCAACCAACGAACGGGGCAUUCGGGUGGAUGAAAGCAGCGAGAAAGGCGCCAGUGCCUAUCUUACAACGAAUCUUCGUUCUCCAGCCCAUCUGACGGAUGUCGUGGUCCCGAUUGAGAUCACAACUUCAAAGGAAACCAAAAUCAUGACUCACGCCGCAAUGAUUCUUAACCGCGAUGCUCGGCGAGAAUUCUCAUACGCGGUCACGAUCGAAAAUCAAAACCUGUCAGUGUGGUACCUGUCCAGGGCCGUGGCCGUCAAGUCUAAGCCAUUUGAUAUGCAACAGCACGCAGAUCUCCUCGUCCAGCUUCUCGUCUCGUUGUUCUGCUCUUCGAACGAGCAGUUGGGAUACGAUCCGCUCGUAACACUCCUCCCAGACAGGAGCUUCGUGUAUCAGCUCCCUCCCGAUGGCGACAGGACCUUCCCUUUGUUCUACAGAACGUUGGGGGUCAUCUGCGACCGCCAAUCCGCACACCUCUGCGAGCGUCAGUCCCGAGUAUGGAAAGUCGAGCAGGUGACCUCUGCCUCACAUCCACAGAGAGUUUCGGGGACGUCGACCAUGGUUUUGAAGGAUUCGUCCAUCGAUGCUCUCGCACCCGUCGAAUCGGACGUACAACACAGGCUGUUCGGAGACAUCACGGACUUUGCGCGAAACAAGAAUUGGCGGUCCCAUCCGUUGCUGAAGGACGCCAACAACGACGACCUGCACGCUCUCGGGGAGGCUUUGAAGGGAGAUAAUUUCAAGCAGUUCUUCUCAUGCAUUGUUUCGAAGCAUGUCGCCCUGAUCGACCCUAUCUCCGACAUGGAUCAAGAGACCAGUCGUCAUCGUCGAGUACGACUUGUUUACGAAAAUGUCUGCACUGCGCUACACGAUAUCCCUACACUCGGGGAGGCCAUUGAUAUCGUCAAGCAGACUCUUCUUGGGCUCCGCCUCAUGUUUUGUGCAGGCUGGGUUCAUCGCGACCUAAGCCCCGGCAACAUCCUCGCCUUUCGAGCAACGUCUGACUCCCCUUGGCAAGUCAAGAUCUCCGACCUUGAGUUUGCGAGGAGGUUCCCUGAUUCCGAGGUCGCGACAGACUCGGAACAACUGACGGGCACACCUCACUUCAUGGCCUAUGAGCUACUGCGCUCGCAGUAUCUUCUCCCAGAAUACACUGCGACCGGGGAACCAUUUCCCUUUGACCCAGAGGUUUCCGUUAUUCACAACUACCAGCAUGACUUGGAGGCAGUUUGGUGGAUCAUUCUUUGGUUGGUGUCAACGAGGGUGAAACAGAAGCUUUCCCGCACAUUCGGCGAGGACAUGUUCAAGCAGCACGUCACCCCCCUGCCCUUCCCUCCUCACUGCGGUCCUCCUCCUUUCUCCGUUGCCUUGACACUCUGCGGCGAGAUCUUCAUCACCAAUACCUCGCUCGAAAUGGAGAUGAUUCCUCCGCGGCAUAGAACCCUCUCGUGA